AUGGACAGCUUCUCGCUCAACAUAGCGGCUUCCAGUGGUCGUCUCCAACCUGCCAAGAAGAAGAAGAAGAACACGUUCCGUGUCAAACAACAGGCAAAGCGCGCAAAAGCGAAGGCCGUCAAGUCCAGCAAGGCGCUUCCAAGCCACUUCAGUGGGCAACCCCGCGACCAUCAACCUCACCAAGUGCCGUACGCUGUGCAUCGUUCGACUGAUCAGGCAGUGACGCACGUGUCACAUUUGGAGUCUGAAGUAUCGACCGUCAAAGGUGUCACUGCCGCUGUCGCUGCUUCUUGUCAAGACGGCUUGGACGAAGGUGUCAACGAAGAGCAGGUCAAACAAGACGUGGAGGAGAAGACCCAGGAGACAGAUAGAGCAAACGAUCACGUUGAGAGGGAAGCUCACAUUGCUGCAGCUUCGGACGUAGGGGUAGUGAAGCCGAAGGCGUUUGGGACGCGUCGCAAACCCAUCAAGGAAGACUACAAUGUAGAGACGUUUACGCAACCUCGUGUCAAGUUUGACACGGUCUUGUCCAAGCCGUUGACAUCGUCGUCAAGUGAAAAGAUUUUUGCUGCUGAUACGUUUGAGUCCAUGAAAAUGACAGAAAAGUUGGUGAAUGUGCUGAAGAAGGACGUGGAAAGCAGCGGCUUUGGAUUCGCACGACCUACGAACGUGCAGGUGCAAACAAUUCCGUCUGUGUUGCGAGGGAAUGAUAUUCUGAUAAAGAGCGAAACGGGAUCGGGUAAAACGCUGUCGUACUUGCUGCCUAUCGUUCAGAGACUGCAGGAAGUGACUCCACGCAUCCAGCGUCAGGAUGGGUGCCUAGCGCUGGUACUGGCCCCGACCCGCGAGCUGUGUACACAAAUAUUAGAGACUGCCUCUAAACUUAUCCAGCCGUUUGUGUACUUAGUACCAGGUGCUAUCAUUGGUGGUGAGAAGAAGAAGGCUGAGAAGGCACGACUGCGCAAGGGAAUUACUAUCUUGACCGCCACUCCCGGCCGUCUGGCCGAUCAUUUGGUAAACACCCACUCAUUCAACUACUCUCGCCUGCAGUUCUUAGUGCUGGAUGAGGCAGAUCGCCUGCUGGAUAUGGGGUUCGAGAAGCAAAUCACACAAAUCUUGACUAUUCUCGAUGGCAAGAAGACGGCUCACAAGAGGCAAAAUAUUCUGGUAUCCGCCACCAUUAACAGCGGGGUGCAGCAUCUUGCUAAGUUGAGUUUAUCCAGCCCUGCGCUGAUCGAUGUUGACGCGACUACUUGCGGUGAAGAUGCAGCAUCAGAGAUUAAAGGGUCUGGACAGGGGAAGUUUUCUACUCCACACCAGUUGAUGCAGCACUUCAUGCUCGUCCCAGCAAAGGCACGUUUGUGUGCGCUGACAUGCUUUUUGCGUGAGGAAUUGCGAAACGCUCCUUGCACGGACAAGAAUGGCAGGCCUGGUAGGUGCAAAGUCGUCGUGUUCUUGUCUACGUGUGAUGCUGUGGACUUUCACUACACGCUGUUCCGCAAGUGUGCGUGGCCAUCAGGAAAGGGGUCAACUGAUGGGGUCGACAACGGAGGCGAACAUAAUGGCACGGCUUCGCUCUUUGGUGAUCAAGGGCCCGUGUUCCGCCUGCAUGGUAAUAUCCCGCAGCAAGAGCGGGUCACCACGUUCAAGAGCUUUUGCUCUUCAAGUUCUGGCGUGCUCCUCUGCACCGAUGUGGCUGCCCGCGGUCUGAAUUUGCCCACAGUGAAGUGGAUCGUUCAAUACGACCCGCCUACUGAAACCCGCGACUAUGUCCAUCGCGUGGGUCGAACUGCUCGAAGCGGCAACCAAGGCAGCAGCUUGCUGUUCUUGAUGCCUUCCGAAUCGGAAUACCUUGACUAUUUGAACAAGCAAGGCUUGAAGCCGAAUGCUCUAAGUCUGGAAACGACUAUUGCGCGCGUUAGCAAGCACGGCGGCUUCCUGACUUCAUCUCGAAAAAAGUUGCUGCACGAGGUUGUGCAGGGAGACUUGCAGUUCUUGUAUGAACAGACCCUUUUGGCAGAUAAGGAAUUGUUCGAGCUGGCGUGUCAAGCUUUCCACUCGUUUGUGCGCAGCUAUGCCACGCACUCGUCGGACACAAGGCAGAUCUUCCACGUCCGUAGUCUGCACUUUGGUCACGUUGCUAAGAGUUUCGCGCUGCGGGAGCCACCCGCUUCUUCAAAGCUACGUGCGACUGGGCGAAAUGCCAAGAAGGGUACGCUGCAAAAGCGCAAAGAGCGUGAUGACAAGCAAUUUGCAGCGGUCGUCAAACAGCAGAAGAAGGUGCGCGACGAGAAGCGCCGGUAUGCGCAUAAUGUGUCGGAGUUUGCUGACUAG